CAACGCUCGCUCCGGUGGGAUAAUUUAUCGCGUGUGAUCUGCUUCAACUCAAUUGAUCACACAUACUCUCCGUUUCCUCGAAUUCCCGCGAAAGAAGCCGGGGGAAAAAAAAGGAACCUUCGAAUUCCGAAAUCUCCCCAUACAACCGGUCACAAUGUCGAACCCUCAUUUCUGGUCGAGUCCUCUCCGUUACCUCCGCUGGGCCUCGCACGAGAAGCCCGCUAUCUUCUACGCCAUGGUCCUUGGUUGCUCCGGCCCGGUUUCGCUGGUCGCCCUCCCUCCGAUCCGUCGGUUCUUCGGUGAUGUUGACCCGCAGCCUAUUCCUCUGACAUAUCCCAUCCCGCAAGGACCCCGAUCGAUCCCGCAAGGCUACGAUGACCAGUAAAGACAAUAAAUAAAAAGGGAAUGAAGGAGAUGUGUGCAUUGUCGUGUGAAGUUAUAUCCGGAUUUGCUUUUACUGUGUAUUUAACUCGGAGUCUUUGAGAGACCAAACCCUGGGAAUCGAGCAUUGUCGUCACUUACGAUAUCAAAUCCUUCUUCCUUUCGUGUUCUCGACUUUAUUCUUCUAUUAGGGCAUGUCUAUCAUGUCCCUACGGUGCUACUUGUGGGGGCACAAUUUGCAGUCUCCGCGGGGACGGUAGGCAAGCUGCAAGCGCUGCUAUGUAUUUGUACAUGGGCCUCGAUAGGGAUUUAUCAUAAACCAGAC